AAGACAGGGGCGAGAAUAAAUAUUUCUGACGCAACAAGUCCCGAGAGGUUGGUUUCAGUUACCGGCUCGUUGGGUCAAAUCGUCGCCACCUUCAAACUCGUCUGCUGUCGAUUUGAAGAGGACCUACAACAGUUAAACGCGGUUCUUGGCGGCUCUGAAAUCAGCAGACACCAAGUCGGUCUCCGUCUGAUUCUUCCAGCCAUUCAGUGUGGCUCCAUUAUCGGUCGGAACGGUACUAAGAUCAAAGAAAUUAGAGAGGUAUCCGGAGCUUCCGUUCAAAUUUCAGGAGACUUACUUCCCAACUCCACAGAAAGGUUGGUGACUGUAUCGGGGGGCGUGGAGAACGUCAUCUCUGCAGUCAAGACUCUCUGCGAGGUCGUCCUCGAGUGUCCAAUAAAAGGGCCGGUUUCGCAAUACAAACCUCGGCCCACA